AUGCCGCCGCCGUCGCUGUUGUGUGGCAGAUGCGGGGGAAGUGAGUCCGGUAGUGACAGCCUCAGCGUUGACACCUGCGGUAGCUGCGCCUCUGUCACGUUCGCCAUGGUCGAGCCCACCAUGACCGAUGGGCCAAUUCUCAUCUCAGCUCCCAACUCACCAAGCCGAUCAUGUGUCGUAGCCGACUUCCACAGCGCUGUCUUUUCCUCCAACACCAGCUUUGCUGGCGGCAACAGCAAGACGGCGGUGUCCGCCACGGCAACGGCAGUGUCGGCAGGUCCUGGACGGUGCACAGAGGCCGCCGACCCAAGCGGCUUCACCUCUGGCGCCCCAGCGACUGCUGCGGCGACUACAGUUGUUGUGAACGUGAUGCCCGCCAUCAUUGGGUACUUUAGUUCUUCCUUCGGCAGUGGCAUUUGCGCCUUCUACAGUCGCAUCUUUCAAGCGAAGGGGUUUUCUCCGUAUGAGAUUGGCAUCCUCAUCUCGGCGAACCCUCUACUAAACAUGACACUGCCUCCUGUGCUGAGCUACCUGGCCGACAAGUUCCGCUGUCAGACGGCGAUGUUGUUUGUGUGCAUCGUCAUCGCGACCGUGUCCAUGUUCGGGUACACCAUCUCCGACAGGCGCGUGCCCACCAUAUCCUGGUUCCUUGUCAUGACUGCCUCGCGCGUCUCGCUGAGCCCGCUCCUUGACCAGCGCAUUCUAAUGAUGUUUCCGAAGCAAGAGCGGUCCAAUGCAUGGAGCUACGUCCGCUCCUACGCAGCCUACGGCUGGGGCAUCGGGGCAUUUGUCGCGUCACUUGUCUUCCUGUACACUGGUAGCUGGGUGGCUGUGACCAUGCAGUACUUACUCGGCCAGAUCGGCUUGGCGUACAGCAUGGUGGUGAUAAAACCCUACGAGCGAACUGAGCGUGUGCCGGUGCACUUUGUAGAGGUGCUGAAGGUGCUCAGGGCCAACAAGCGGCUGAUGCUGUUCUUAUUUUCAUCGACGAUGAUGGGCGCUGGAUACAGUUUCAUCGACAACUUUCUCUUUCUCUUUCUUGGCGAGCUGGGCGGGUCCGAGGUACUGAUGGGCUUCACCGUCGUCCUCACCGUCAGUACCGAAAUUCCGCUCUUCCAAAUGUCGGCGCGGCUGCACCAAACACUCACAGAGCGGCAGAUGAUGGCAAUCGCCAUGAGUGUCUGGUCAUUCCGGGUAGUGUGCUACACUAUGCUAACCAACGCGUGGAUGGUGCUGCUUAUCGAGCCCCUUCACGGCGUGACCUUUGCCUUCAUGUGGCUACCGUCCAUGCAGAUCGUCUCGCGCGCCUUCCCGCCAAAGCUCUCCAGCUCCGCCACCGGACUACUCUUCACCCUCACAAGCGGCGUCGGCCCGAUGAUUGGCAACCUGAUCGCUGGCACUCUCUACACCUCGGUUGGGCCACGCAAGAUGUUCCUGUCCGCGGCAGUUGUCAUGAUGACUUCCCUGAUCCUGUACCAGGUUCUGGACAGCAUUCUUGAACGCCGAGGUUUACCAGUGCUGUACGAGCCCGACGCGGGGGAGGCAGUGGCGACCGACCUUGCGGUGAUGGAGGUCAUGGACCACGCUACGACACAGCAGCCGCGAAAGGAGACCACGUCCGCGUCUGCCGGAGAGGACGAAAACAACGGCAACCGUCGGCGCGGCGCCACCCGUACGAUUUCGACCCCACGCAUGCAAAUGGAGGGCCCUAACGGAGGGCGGCUCAAAGGACAACAAAACGAUGUUGCCGAGAACGAUCUGCCACCUUAG